AUGGAUGGUGAAAAGGGUGUGGGUAAUGGAAGUUUGGUGGUAGGAAGUGGAGGUAAGUUCAAUUUGGGAUUUGACAAUGAUGGUUAUGAUGGUGGGAUGGUUAUGAUGGUGGGAGUAGCGGGGGUGGCAAUUACAAGAGCUGGAAUAGUGAAAUUGGUUUGGUUCUGUAUUUGCUGUGCAAGUUUUCGUAAAACAGAUAUGUUUGGGUUUUCUCGGAGAAGAAUGAAGCUCGGAAGGGACUCUUUUGAUAUUGACUCUAUGUUGUGUUUGGCAGCAUGGAUUUCAGGUCUUGGAAUUGGAAUUGAGAAAAAAAAUUGCUCCAUUUGUCCCAUUCGUCCCCCAAUUCCGUUUACCGAAUUGUAUACUAUAAGAUGCACCUCUGUGUUUGUAUUGGACAUGAAAAUGGGACUUCUGUCAGUGAGAGGUGGGUGGUGGAGGUGGUUGUGA